GCGGGACUGGUGAUCGGAAGAUGAGCGUCGGUUCGAACACGGACCAGGCCAAGACCUCCUUCGCCCAGAAAUCCAUGCAAGAGUUGGGGGAGAAGCUCAACCCAUCAAAGGCAAGCAUAGGCUUCACCUGCCGUAAGGGGCUCAAGCCUGAGAGCCCCAACCAGGACUGGACUCCUGGUUCGUGCUUCGCGUCGAGGGCGAGAAGCCGUGCUCCAUCUACGCCGUUUUCGACGGGCACGGCAAGAAAGGACCGCCACGAUGUCUCCCAAUUCGUCAAGGAGAACCUGCCGAAGCUGAUCGUCAAGGAUCCGCGCUUCAUGACUGACCAGAUGGACAGGAUGCUGGUGGACUGCUUCAAGAAGAUGCAGAGCCUCAUCGCAUCGGCGGACCGCAUGAAAAAGAUCAGUGCGCAGAUGUCCGGCACAACGUGCACAAUCGCCAUCCAUGACCAUUCGAAUGACAAGGUCACCGUGGCGCACGUGGCGGACAGCAGCGCCGUGCUCAGCAAGGGCAGCAAAGGCAUCAACAUCACGCGCGACCACAAGCCGAACCUGCCGGAGACGAGCGUAAACGCAUCGAGGCUAAUGGUGGUCGUGUUGUCUUCGACGGGUACGCGAACCACCGUGUCUACGCCAAGGCUGCCCGUUAUCCAGGAAGGCUGA